CAGGAGGUGAUGAACUCCAAGCUGGGGCUGGACAUCGAGAUCGCCACCUACAGGCGCCUGCUGGAGGGCGAGGAGCAGAGGUUGUGUGAGGGCGUUGGCUCCGUGAAUGUGUGCGUGAGCAGCUCCCGCGGUGGCGUCGUCUGUGGAGAUCUCUGCGUCUCCGGUACUGCCCCUGCUGUCAACACCAGAGUGUGCAGCGCCCCCUGCAGCGGAAACGUGGUGGUGGGCACCCCCAAUGCCUGCGUCCCCUGCGCCGGGGCAGGCGCCUGCAGCGGAGGCUGUAAGAAGUGCUAGGAGGCCACAAAGCCGCAAGCCACUGCCAUGGGCCACCCUGCCCGAAGGGACAGCACUGCGGGACAGUGGCCUCAGCGCCGUCAUCUCAUUCUAUAGCUUUCCCUAGCAACUUGUUCUGAGAAUUCUUGCUUUUCUUUCCCCUUCUGCCUUUUUGCUGGAUUCAUUGGUCUUAGAAUCUCGAAGGAUCCACUGCCCCAGGAUCCUUUGUCCGACUUUACCCGGGUCCCUAGGAUGCUUUUGAUUAGGCAUGGAGACAGGGACCAACAUGAUUGCCAGCUUUCCUGUCACUCCGCGAGAGACCACGUGACCCAGAGCAUCUUUUUCCGGGUCUGCCUGGCAGCAGCUUCCCCAAACUCAGCUGCCUGCUCAUUUGCCUUUGUCUCACUUUGCCUUCCCAAUAAACUAAUUGCAGCGAAUC